UAAAAUAGUUCAAUUUAUAUGGACUAUCAUAUUUUCCGUGUACGUUUGUUCAAACGUAAUUGAGAGAUUUCCUUACUUAAUCUUUAACUUUUUUUUGAAUCGUUUCAAUUGCUCUUCUUCUCCUCCAACUCUCCAAUUAUAUACAUAUUCAAUACCGUGUGUAUGACUGUCUGAUACUGUUUAUUUAUACGGAUCAGUGCACGGUCUCGGCCUGUGCCGGACAGCCGGGUUAGCGCGUUGUCUUGUGUGCCGGAAAACCGAUCAAAGUCCAGGGAAAUUCUUCAACCGUCAUACUUGGCAUUCAAGAAACGGUCGCAUUGGAUGAUCGGCCUUCAACCACUUUUACAUAUUGUCUUUCAAAGGAGAAGUCGGGCGGAAGAUGACGAGCCCUUCGUUCAUUCCAUGAUUGAACAACUCUCUUCCUCACUCAAGCCUCAGCUCCAGCUACUGCUACUGCUCCUGCUACUGCUACUGCUGCUCUGUCCACGUCCAACGCGCGCAUGAUGAGCAGUAGCAGCUCUUCUAACGGCUUCGAGCUCACCACCACCACCAACAGCAUCGCAACCACUCGGCACUCACAUGAUACGCAGAGCGACUUCCGUCGCCAUGCGCUGCCAAGGAGGAGGGCUGAAGGAGAGGCAGGGCUGGACUCCCUGCCACUUGAGCUUCAGUACCUCAUCCUUUCUCAUCUAGAUUUAUCUAGCCUCAUCACCCUACGACACACUUAUCCCUUGUACCGCCAUGUCAUCACGCCUGACGUCGUCCGCAGGCAGUUCACUGCUAGGGAUGGUCGCCCCGACCCAGUCCUACACGGUUGCUGCACUGAGUGUCUAUGCAUUCCAGGACUUGAUCGUCUCAUCGUGGAUACGACGCGGCCCAGCCACACGUGGCGGUCAAUCUGCUUUCGUUGCUGGCGUGAUCGUUUAAGUCGUGAGCACCAGCGUAAGCACUGGCCGCUGGUUGAGAUGGUGAACGGCGACUACGGCUAUAUAUGCCACUUCUGCACCUGGCCGGUUCACAGCGGCGCCUCGAAUAGCAGGAUUAAGCAGUUGCACGCCCCCUGUAGGGUGAGGCGGCUUGUCGUCGUCGUCUCGUGGCUGAUAAUGGCCAUCAUACAAUUCGGGCUCGGGAUGCUGGCCGCCGUACUAGCCUGGACCAUGUUCCGGAACUCGUCGACGGUCUUGAUACCUGCAAGCAUCGACUUCGGCCUAGCGAUAUUGGCUCUAUGCAUUUUUGUGAUUCGCGUUGGGACGACGAAUGAGCAGACGUACACACGCGCGCUCGCCUCAGAACUGAUCAUCACGUUUAUCCGCAUCCCCCCUGUUACUUAUACCGCGCGCGAGACCGUUAUUUCCGAGACCACACAAGGCGGUCCGCUGCCCAAGUUCGGUUUUGGCGUCUUUUUAAUUAACUUGAUAUUCCGUCUUCUAGACAUGGUCGGUUACACGUUGCUCAACUGCGGCUAUGAUCCGAGGAGUAUCUUUCUAGGGGGGUUGCCUUUGAAGAAGAAGCUAUUGUAUGGCUUUUGUACGUUCAUGGUAUGGUUUGCGUUUAUACCAUUUUGAAAAAAAAAAAUAGUUGUAAUCAACGGCGUAAGCCUUCCGGCGCGUCACAUCAGUAAUAGCCUCUACAGGGCCACAAUGUUGGCACAUUUGCUGUCGACCCUCAUAGCGUGUCUUUUUUCACCCCAUCUUCAUCAUCAUACCUAGGUAGCGUAUCCUUUAAGGAUAGUUGAUCCGGCAACUAAAAUUUACUAUUAGCUAACAUUGAUGGACGUCCACCAAUUUAUUCUUAGCCUUCCAGCUGCAUAUGUUGAUCGACACUAGUCCAACGCCAAGCCGCCUAGGCCGCCUUAGUUAUUGUGCUCCCACGAUGGAUCUUGGACGGAUCAGAUGACCAUAGAAUUGUCAGUCCAAACAAUUUGUUAUACGUCGAUGCAUAAUAGGCCAUCUAAAGUGAACAAGGGUAACGUAUUUUGAGCGCGACGAGCUUUCACGCGUUUAACAUCGGUGGAACUACGAAGUUACAGUUGAAUUAGUCGUCCCCACGAAUAAGAGUAGUGGAUUUGAUAUAUAUCAGAUGUUACUGGUCGAGUAAUACAGGCCCUGAACACCUUGAAUGAGGUAGAC